AUGAACCACUCUGUCCAGCAGUACAGCGCCAGGAAAGCCGAACCUGCUGAAGGGACCAAGUUUGACUGGCUGCUGAUGACCGCGGGCAGCUUCAUGGCAGUCCUGGCAAUCUGGAUGCUCCCACGGUGGUGGGUCCAGUUCUCCAAGGGCCAGUGCGUUCCCUCUUGCGACCCCUGUCCUGAAGUGGACGUCCGGCAGGCUCAGGUAGGCGUUCCCCUAGUAGAUGAGGUGGGCGUUCCCCUAGUUGAUGAUGAGGAUCGUGAGCCGUCGGAAGAGGAAUUGAGACCGCAGGUCAUGCCAAUCGUGCAGGAGACUGACUUCUUGAUGGUGUAA